AUCCAUAAAAGCUCCUCACCACAGAAUGAUCUGCACACCGGUAUUAACUCUGAUUACAUACAGGUCGUAUUACCAAGAUGAAGGCUAUGCAGGUGAUUCUCUUGACUCUUCUGGUUGUCCUGGUAACCAGCGCUCAGUACGACGACAGUUGUCCCAAACCAGAUGUGCAGGCCAACUUCGAUGUUUCCAAGUACCUUGGCAAGUGGUACGGGAUCAAGAAGCUGCCAACACCCUUCCAGAAAGGCGAGUGCAGCACUGCCUUCUACAGCCUGAAGAGUUCUGGAGAAAUCGGGGUCCUCAACAGUGGGCUGCUUGAAGAUGGAACCAUUAGAUCCGCUGUUGCCACUGCCACGGUCAAGGACCCCUCUGAUCCUGCCAAGCUGGCGGUCUCCUUCUCUCCAGAAUCUUCUGCUCCCUACUGGGUGCUGUCCACAGACUAUGAGGGUCACUCCCUGGUCUACAGCUGCACCAACCGCCAGUCCGGCAGAGAGUACGCUUGGAUCCUGAGCAGAGAGCCCACUCUGCCCGAGGAGACCGUGAAGAAGCUGGAAGACGUCUUGUCCUCGAUCGGAAUCGACGUGGACAAGAUGGCCCCAACCAACCAGAAUGAGAAUUACUGCAGCGUCAUGCGCCAGUAGACAGAGAUAGUCCCGUUUCAGCCUCUGCAGCACUGAGACGAGGCGACUUGGAUCCAUGGUGAGAUGACACACAGCUGUAUGCAGUGUGAGCUGCUUCCCCCUGUGGAUACAUCAAGCAAAGUCAUUGCAAUAAAAAAGUGAAAACGAAAUGCA